AGGAGGGCAGUUCCAGUUUCCUCCUAAUACUGUGCUAGUGAGUGCUGUGUAUGCAGUAUCACUCUCAAAGCCUCUACUGAAGCCACUACAACUAGAGAUACAGCACUGCAUUGAUUUAACAGGACAACCAGAUCUUGGAGGAUACUUAAAGUUUGCAAUAGCUCCUGUGGGCACAGCCAGUCUUCCUUACCAGUUCACAUUAGUAGAGGGAGGAGAGUUUAGGACUGAUAGUUGGUAUGGAUCCAUAAACGGGAGAAGUUCUGUCUUGUAUCUGUCUGUGGCUGUGAUGGAGGAGGAGGAGGAGGAGGAGGUAGUUCCAGUUCUUCAUCAGAAGUUUCAUCAGCUGAUCCUUUAUCAGAGCCUGGGUCCAGUAUCAGGACAAAGAACUCGUCAUCUUCUGGGGGUAAUGAUGCAUUACUUCAGCAGCACCAAUUGGAGGAAUCAAAUAGUACUGAAAAUAGAUCUAAAGAAUUCUUAAAGGCUGAAACCUAUGCUGGACUGGUUUAUUAUGAGGAGAAAGGUGUAGAAGAUGUAGUGACUUUUACUGCUGCUAAAAAUUUGAAUGCACUUCUUGAGUUUAUUAAGAAAGAACACUCACUAGCUGAAAGAGGACCUCAUAAAUACUUUUGUAUUGCAUCUCCUGAUGGUUAUAUUGAAUUAAAGUUUGAUGCUCCACAAGAGAAACCAUUUACUGGAUGGACUAUUGAGCCUCACAUGAAACCUGUCAAGUUUCAUCAAAAGGAAAUUGACAAUUUUGGUGACAAAAAUUAUUCUCUUCCUCCAUCUUGUCUGAUAUCAAUCUAUUCAUCACUUAAUGCUGUUCCUACACUACACUACUCUGUCCCAAUAGAAGGUGUGGCUGAUCCUGUUACACUAUACAUUCACAGAUCACAAAGAACAGCUCAUCCUAUUGCAUCAGCUGCUCCUAGUGGUAGUGGCAGUGAUGAAAUUAAGUCAGUACCAACUAAAAGAAGAGAAGGAGGUUUUGAUAUUAAAGCAGCUAAACAAAAGAUCAAGCAAGUUAUGAAUGAGAAUCACUCUGAUUUUGCUUACAUUUUGGAGAGUUCACUUAAAGAAAUUGCUAACAAACUGUUUGAAGCUAAAAUCAUUACCCAGCAGGUUCAGAGGUCACCUACUUAUGAUGCUAUAGCCUCAAGCUUUCUAGCUAUAAUGAAUCUAUUGGACUCUAAGUCUGACCUAGAGAAGCAUUGUGUGAAGUAUCUUGAGGCUCUGUCUAGUGUUGGGGGACCAAUAGAAUUUGCUGCUAAUCUCUUGAGGGACAAAUGGACAGCAGCUUUGGAAGGUGCACUUGAAUUUGAACAAUCUUUGAAAAGAGUUAGAGCUAACGUGAAAAGUCAGCCUCUGAUAAGCUGAUACUAGUAUUUGAGAAAUGGAUGGAUUCCAAUAAAGGAGUGACCUGGAGGAAAGUACUUCAAGUUUGUGACGAUCAUCCAGAGGAAUUUGGAAGAGUAAAAGCUGAAGUGAAAGAAUUCCUUUCAUCAGACAGAACCCAUGACAAUUAUCAAUUAUAACAUGGCCUAUGCAAGCUUAUUAAAAUUAAUGUGGCUGUGUGAGUGUGACUGUAGUUAUUAUUUUAAUUUUACGUAAUUUAAUUAUAAUGGUUUUUAUAUCUUUCUUUUCGGCAGUGAAAUUCUUUUAUCAAAAUUAA